CGACUGCUGUCUCUGCCCCUACCAUGAGCGCUGUGGAAGACGUCGCGGCGCGCAUCCACCGCCUAGAAGAGACGCGCUCCAGUAAGAACGCGCAGCUACGGCAACUGCAGCACGAGUUGCGCUUCAAUGCCAUAACAGGCGUGGAUGAACGCCUGGACAACGGACUGAGCGUUGCUCGGCUCGAGGUAAAGGUGGAGUCUGGACGUAACAUGCUCUACAAAGCGGGUUUCCUCUCGGCCCAACGCACAUACGCCCGUGUCACAGUGGAAGUUGUGGCAGCUGCGGCAAUCAACAGCAACGAAGACGAACAGUUGCAGAGCACUACAGUUAUGGAGCAGAAAGUGACAACAAAACAACCAGUCGGCUACACGCCUAGAUGGGGCGAAACACUACUCUUUGACGGCCUCCCAGCGGCAGUGGGGACGAUAAGAGUCGACGUGAUGCAGGAGGAAAGGAUUGGCGCUGACGUUAUCGUGGGGACUUUGAUCUUGCCAUUAGCGAGACUGCAGGACCAACGGCCCAUGGCAAAAUGGCAUGUGCUCCACAAACACGAAGAAGCCACAAUCAGCGAAAUGUUGCUCAGUUGCCAAUUUCAACGCUCGCCAAUUUCGGCCUUGGAGUUAGAGUUAGAGUUACUACAGAACCAAGCGAACGAACUGCAUUUAUUCAUUGGACGACAUCAGAACCUCGUGGAGUUGCCGAGAAACGCAACAAUGUUGCAGCCUAAGUCGUUGCAAGGGACUGAAGUUGUGCCUGAAAAGACUCCGGAGCGUACAGCGUCGACUAGAUUCUCGGCUGUGGCGUCGUUUCCUGCUAACUUACGGAAACGAGAGAGUACAGAGAACGUGUCGAUGAAUAUCGACAUGGAAGCUCCUCGAACGAAGCGACAGCGCGUCGUAGAUACAGACAAGCAGGUGAACUCGCUGUCCGAACGAAUUGCCAAUUGGCUGUUGCCAACUGCACCGUCGAGUGCUUCACUGCCUGUCGCUAAGACGGAGGCAGAAGAGAACACUGGAGUGGCAACGACUCAGUUCUUCCCGUUUAAACAACGUCAGACACAGGCAGCGUCAGCUCAACGCCGUCCCAGACGAACUGGACGACCACUUGCUGCUACGCCACAGAAGACGCCGUCAGCGCUUCAAGCUAUCGAGAAGUGGCUGUUCACGGACAAAGACGGCAAACCGAGAGAGCUCCCCUUUGGACGACAGGCACCGUCCUAUUAACUUACAGACUAGCUUAUGCAUCUAAGCUAGCUUUCGCUUUCAACGAAGGUGAACUUUGCAAGUUUUGCAGUGCGCUCCUGUAACCUAUUGAUAACAAAGAUAA